GAUUCCUUGUACAACAUUACGAUUAAUACAACUCCAGCAUGAUGCUAUAUAUAAGCGCCCCAUUUUGAAGCGAAGAUUAAUUAAGAGGAAGCAAAUUAACAAAGAACAGGAGAAGAGAGAAAAAAAAUGGAAAUCUCUUACAAGGACUUCAAGCUAGGAAAAUGUGAGGGCCAGAAAGUGGUGGAUGGUGAAACCAUGCCACUAGUGCUGCAACCCCCAGAACCCAACAAGAGUGACACAGAGUCAUUAAUCUCAGCUCUAAAGCAGAACAAGGACUGGUUUGAGCAAAUGCUCAUGAAAAACAGUGCUGUUCUGCUUCGAGGUUUUGAUGUGAAGAAUGCUGAGGACUUCAAUGAUAUUAUAGAGGCCUUUGGCUGGGAUGACAUUCGUUACAUUGGGCCUGCACCACGGACACACGUGUACAAACGCAUAUGGACUGCCAAUGAGGGACCCCUGUCGGAAUUCAUUUACUACCACCAUGAAAUGGUUCUGAUUAAAGAAUCUCCGAAGAAAGUGGUGCUUUUCUGUGAAAUACCCCCACCAGAAGGCGGACAGACACCCUUUGUUCCAAGCUUUAGAGUUACAGAAAGGAUGCUAGAAGAGUUCCCUGAAGCAGUGGAAGAAGUUGAGGCAAAAGGACUGAAGUACACUUUCACAGCUCUUAGCAAAGACGAUACAUCAUCGAUGAGAGGUAGAGGUUGGGAGGAUGCUUUCGGAACAUCAGACAAGGCAGAGGCUGAGAGAAGGGCUAAGGCUCUAGGGAUGGACAUGGAGUGGCUGCCUAAUGGAGGAGUGAAGACAAUACUGGGUCCUCGAUCAUUAACGAAAGUGUUUGAUGGAAGAAAAGGGAGGAGAAUGUGGUUCAACACUGUCGUUGGCAUGCAUGGUAAGGAGUCCAGCUCGGCUACGUUAGCAGAUGGAACAGAGAUACCAGAAAAUUUUGUGAAAAGGUGUGGGCAAAUCAUUGAAGAAGAGAGUAUCCAAUUCAAGUGGGAAAAAGGUGACGUCCUUUUCCUUGAUAACAUGGCUUUGCUUCAUGGAAGGAGGCCAUCUCUGCCACCUAGAAAGGUCCUCGUUUCUACUUGCAAGUAGCUUCAGCUUAGCUGCUAGCUAUAGUAAUUGUGUUGUGUGCUAAAAUACUACUGCAAAAUCGCUCCAUGCAUAGUAAUUAGCAUUUACUCUGUUUUAUGGAAUAAUUGAAAGAGAAGGAGCGUAAGAUUACAUCCAUGUAAUUCCUUCAUUUUUCUUUUUCCUUUGGUUAUUGUAAUUGAAAAUAAAACGUUGGCUGCUGAUGAUUCUCCACACGCCAAUCCUUCAAUAAAACAGUAAAACAGUUAUAAACUAUACCUUAAAUUCUUGCCAAGAAAAUCGUAUUGCAUCGCACUACAAUUUUGUAACAGAUAAAAGAGGAAUGGAAGUCAAAACGGCCGAGUGUGUUUCUUUGCACACACCAUAGGAUAGGAUCUGCUUUGGGCCGGCUUUGCAUUUCUCUUGCUUAUGUCCUUGGCAGCUUCUUCCAACAGCCAAAAACUCUGGAUUAUAACUCACUUGGAGCAUCCACACCCUUGCUAGCUAAACCCAAUCCUUAGCUGUAAUAGCUAGUGAGAGUGGAAAAAAGCUGAACAUUGUUGCUCUCUAUUUGACCAGUUAUACAGCAAAAUGAACAGUACUCGCUAUAUAUAUAUAUAGCGAGUACUGUAGCACUCCUCAAUUGACUUAUAGAGAAAGCGCGAGGGAGGAGAAGAUCGCGGGGAAAAAAAUGUACAUUGCAUCUGGGUUUUCUCUUUUGUUCUUGGCUUCAAGAUUCCUACCAGUCAACAUCAACAGUUCAACGAUGGCGAUCGUACAGUUCAUCUGGAUCUGUGGUGAUAGGGCAGUCGCGAUUGCUCGGCAAAUAUUGGACAAGAUGGCAGGCAAAUGAAAGGCCCACGGCCCCACGAUAAUGGGGUUCCCUAGAAGUCAAAUGGGUUAUAUUUUUUUCUGGGUAACCUUGAUUUCUGAUAAAUAUGGACUUUUUCUUCAGAGGUCUAAAUGAGGAUCCCACAACUUCUCAGCUAGAAAUCCAUGGGCGUCCCUUUUUGAGAAACAUUAACGAGAGCACUAGUUUUUCGCAUUUCCUUUGAGACCCAGCAAAUUGUAUUGUUACUUGGAGCUUGUUUGGUGAAUAAAUGCUGAUUUUUA